GCCGUUUCCCAAGGCGGUAGCGGGGGUGGUGUCGCUGUUGCCCUUUUAAGCCGCGGGGCAGCCGCCGCCUGCCGGUGGAGUGAGUUACAAAGGGAGCAGCCGCCCAGGCCGCCACACAGCCCCUCGCCAUUUUCCAGCCCCGACCGACGCGGGCCGCGGCGGCGGGGAGAGGCGGAGCCGCGAGAGCGCGGCCCGGGCCGGCCCCGCGGGGCGGUCGCGGCCGUGACGGCGGCUCCGGGCCCGGCUCCCCUUCCGCACCCCUCCCGCCGGAGAUGAGGGGAAGAUGUCCGUGUCAGGGCUCAAGGCCGAGCUGAAGUUCCUGGCGUCCAUCUUCGACAAGAACCACGAGAGAUUCCGCAUCGUCAGUUGGAAGCUGGACGAGCUGCAUUGCCAGUUCCUGGUGCCGCCACCGGCGCCGCCGGGCAGCCCUCACUCCCCGCCGCCGCCGCUCACACUCCACUGCAAUAUCACGGAAUCUUAUCCAUCUUCUUCACCAAUAUGGUUUGUGGACUCUGAUGACCCAAAUCUGACAUCAGUUCUGGAACGUCUAGAAGACACUAAGAACAACAAUUCGCUUCGUCAGCAGUUGAAGUGGUUGAUAUGUGAACUCUGCAGAUUAUAUAACCUUCCUAAGCACCUGGAUGUUGAGAUGCUAGAUCAACCACUACCCACGGGUCAGAAUGGGACAGCAGAAGAAGUGACUUCAGAAGAGGAGGAAGAGGAAGAGAUGGCCGAAGAUAUAGAAGACUUAGAUCAUUAUGAGAUGAAGGAAGAAGAGCCUAUUAGUGGGAAAAAGUCAGAGGAUGAAGGAAUUGAAAAAGAAAAUUUGGCAAUAUUAGAGAAAAUUAGGAAGUCUCAAAGGCAAGACCAUCUAAAUGGUGCAGUGUCUGGGUCUGUACAAGCUUCAGAUAGACUUAUGAAAGAGCUCAGGGACAUAUACAGAUCACAGAGUUAUAAAACAGGGAUUUAUUCAGUGGAACUCAUAAAUGACAGUUUAUAUGACUGGCAUGUUAAACUGCAGAAGGUUGAUCCUGAUAGUCCUUUGCACAGUGAUCUUCAGAUCUUAAAAGAAAAAGAAGGCAUAGAAUAUAUUUUGCUUAACUUCUCUUUUAAGGAUAACUUUCCAUUUGAUCCUCCAUUUGUUCGAGUGGUGUUACCUGUUCUCUCAGGAGGGUACGUGUUGGGUGGUGGAGCAUUAUGCAUGGAACUACUCACAAAACAGGGCUGGAGCAGUGCCUAUUCAAUAGAAUCGGUCAUCAUGCAAAUCAAUGCCACCUUAGUCAAAGGCAAAGCCAGAGUGCAGUUUGGCGCAAAUAAGAAUCAAUAUAAUCUAGCAAGAGCACAACAAUCCUAUAAUUCCAUUGUACAGAUACACGAGAAAAAUGGCUGGUACACCCCUCCAAAGGAAGAUGGCUAAAUGUGUUGACUUUUGUAUGUUUGGACCAAUGUUGCUUUAAAGAAAAUCUUUCCAACAUGCAGACACAAGCUUUGAGUGCCCCUAUAACAGCAGUA